CUGCAACCUCUCCUUCUCUUUCUUCUUUCAGUUCCUGCCAUCUUCUAAUUCUUCUUCUCAAACACUUCCUCUUCGACCACCGCCGAGUACGCCCUUCUCUCUCUGCUCUUAACUAAGUUAUUUAUCGACAACCCGGUUUAAUAUGCUCCAAAGGGUAGUAUUUUAAUCUCAAAUUGAUCUUGGAAUUGGAAAUACUCGUUUAUGCUGUUACCAAUUCGGCUGUUCAACAUUCUCAAUAAGAGUAAAAUAUUUUCAGCAAGUAUUAAGAAGAGUUGAGAUACAGCAGCAAAAUUUUGGGUGGAAAAUAUCUCAUGAGUCUUCAAAUGAUCGUCUCUUCAGUGGCUCCGCCGGCAGCUGUCGGUUCUGGAAUUUGCUUCCGGCGGUCCAGUGCGUCGUAUAGCUUGAGGUUUGCCGCCGGCGGUCUCACUUCAGCUUCCAAAGAGCUCUCUUCUUUGUCCUCCACCUUUUUUCCCGUCAAAAAGGAUGUGGUUGGCAGCUUCAAAGCGUUUGAGAUCAAACUUAAAGAUAGAGUUUCCGUGCAUGCUGUGUCCACAAAGGCUGAGAAUUACUUUGAACCUGAUCCUGUGAAACAAGAUUUCAUGAGCACAGAUGCUUUGACAUUAAAAUUUGAGGAUGCUGUUUUCUUAGAACCAGCACCAUCUUCUGUUGCAAAGAAAUCAAAAAAGGAGGGUCCGGUGUCAUCUUCUGCUUCUGCUGCAAAGUAUUCGAAAAGGGGAAAGAAUCCCAAACAACUUAGCACUAGUGCUGCGUUGAUAAAAACCCCUGACCAUUUCCAAAUCUUCAGAUAUCCUCUUGGGACGGAGUCUGCAAUAAAGGCGAUGCUGGAGUGUAACACUUUGGUUUUUGUUGUCGACAAACGUGCUGAUAAGAAGAAUAUCAAAGAAGCUGCUAUAAAUAUGUUUAAGAUAAGGGUGAAGAAAGUGAAUACUUCAAUCACGCCUGCUGGAACCAAGAAAGCUUAUAUCAUGCUGCCACCGGAUUGUAAGGCUGCGGACGUGGCUAAGAGGAUUAAAAUCUUGUGAAGAUCAUGCAUGUGGUUCUGACCUUGCCGUUGAUUUUGCACUACAACAAUUUCUAGAUUUAUCAGGAUUCGGUAUCUCCGUCUGUAGAUGUUCAAUGUGAAUCUUACUGUGUAUGUAUGAAGCAGAAUAUGAACAUUUGUAGGCAGCAGCUGCAUCUUGUUUCAAUUUUGGAGGCAAUUUUGGAGGCUAUACCAGAUUCUGGCAUCUUCAUCCUUUUACCGUUUUCUGUAAAUUUUCUCUUGUUUACAGGCAGUUGCAUUUGAGGCUAUACAACUUACUGAUUGGGUCUC